GGAACCCACAAUGAUAAUAUCAACUUCUUGUACCUUAUCACAGAUUCACUAGAGCCACUAAAACUCAUUCACACUGGUUUAUAUAUCAUCCCCUAUAAAUAUGUAUUUUAGGAGGUAGCUCCAUAACUACACAACAAUGGAAGACAUACAACAAAAAGCCCAUGAUCAUGGAAAAAGGCCCAAAGGUGGACUCAUCACCAUGCCAUUCAUAUUUGCAAAUGAGGUGUGUGAGAAGCUGGCUGUGGUGGGCUUUCAGACAAAUAUGAUUAGUUACUUGACACAACAACUUCAUAUGCCGAUGACUGAAGCCGCUAACACGCUCACCAACUUCGGUGGCACCGCAAGUUUGACACCUUUGCUCGGCGCCUUUAUAGCCGAUUCUUUUGCAGGCCGGUUUUGGACCAUCACAGUUGCUUCCAUAAUUUAUCAAAUUGGUAUGGUAUCACUAACACUAUCAGCAAUACUACCAAAGUUAAGACCACCACCAUGCCAAAAUGGACAAGUAUGCCAAGAAGCUGAUAAUGGUCAACUAGCAAUCUUAUACAUAUCCCUUUUGCUAACCGCAAUCGGGUCGGGUGGGAUCCGACCCUGUGUAGUUGCAUUCGGGGCGGACCAGUUUGAUGAAACCGAUGAAAAACAGAAAACUAGCACAUGGAAGUUCUUCAACUGGUAUUAUUUUUGCAUGGGGGUAUCUAUGCUUGUGGCGGUGACCGUGAUCGUAUAUAUUCAGGAUUAUGUCGGGUGGGGUUGGGGUCUCGGCGUCCCAUCUAUAGCUAUGGCUAUAUCGAUUGUUGCGUUUGUUUUCGGGUACCCGUUGUAUAGAAAUAUGGAUCCGUCGGGCAGCCCAUUUACGCGGUUGGUGCAGGUGUGUGUGGCUGCUUAUAAGAAGAGGAAUUUGCCAAUGGUUUCGGAUGCUAAGAUGCUUUAUGAGAAUGAAGAGCUUGAUGCUUCUAUUUCUGUUGCUGGGAGACUUAUGCAUACUAAACAAAUGAAGUUCUUGGACAAAGCUGCCAUUGUGACCCAAGAAGACUAUGCAAAAUCCCAAUCAAAACCAAAUCUAUGGAGACUAAACACAGUCCACAGAGUUGAAGAACUCAAAUCACUACUCAGAAUGGGACCAAUAUGGGCUUCUGGUAUCCUUCUAUUCACAGCAUAUGUUCAACAAAACACCUUCUCACUUCAACAAGCAAAGACCAUGAACCGACACCUCACGAAAUCGUUCCAAAUCCCAGCCGGUUCCAUGUCGGUCUUCACCUUAACCUCCAUGCUAGCCACCAUUGUCUUUUAUGACCGCGUGUUUGUGCCCAUCAUGAAAAGAUUCACAGGGGUAGAAAGGGGAGUUUCUUUCCUUAGUAGGAUGGGCAUAGGUUUUGCUAUAUCAAUCUUAGCCUCAUUAAUAGCCGGUUUUAUGGAAAGAAAGCGUAAACAUGUCGCUUUUGCCCAUGGUUUAACCGAUAAGCCGCAUGAUACAAUUCCCAUGACGGUUUUCUGGUUGGUACCGCAGUAUAGCCUUCAUGGGGUGGCUGAAGCGUUUAUGGCAGUCGGGCAUCUUGAGUUUUUGUAUGAUCAAGCCCCCGAGAGCAUGAGGAGCACUGCGGCUGCGUUGUUUUGGAUGGCGAUUGCGGGUGGAAAUUACAUGAGUACCCUUUUGGUGACUAUGGUGCAUAAGUUUAGCCAAGGGGCAGAUGGGUCAAACUGGCUGCCUGAUGAUAAUUUGAAUAAAGGAAGGUUGGAAUACUUUUACUGGAUGAUCACAUUGUUGCAAGUUCUUAAUCUGGUUUACUACUUGUUUUGUGCAAAGUUUUACACUUUUAAACCCCUUGAAGUUGCUCAUAGAGAUGGUCAACAAGGUCAUGAGCUUGAGUUAGGAACCCAUGUUUGAUUUGAAGCCACUUUUUGUUAGAUGCUUAUAGUAACCAUAAGGUAUGUAUAGUGGUCAAAGGCAAUGAAAGUAUAUGUAACUUAUUCACAAUACUUUAUAGUUAGUUUAAAUAUUGUUUUUGAUAAAUGAUUAUAGUAAAUGAUACAUUGAUA